AGGAAGAGGAAGUGGUUAGUAGCCCUGAGGCUCGACCCGGAGAUGAGGCUGCUGCGACUAUUGCACUUGAGUGGGCUCCAGGCGAUCCUCGGGUUCGCAGAGGCUGCGCUCUGGGGUUUGAAGUCAAUAAAAGGAAGCUGCAACAAUUUUUGUACUGCUAUUUGUAAAGAUGUCACUUAUAUGGAACUUAAGAACCUCUUGAAGUCCAAAAAAAUUAUGUUAAUUGAUGUUAGAGAACCAUGGGAAAUUCUUGAGUAUGGAAAAAUCCCCGGGUCUGUCAAUAUACCAUUGGAUAAUGUAGAUGAAGCUCUACAGAUGAACCCAAAAGACUUCAAAGAGAAGUACAAUGAAGUAAAGCCAUCCAAAUCUGACAGUCUAGUGUUUUCUUGUUUAGCCGGAGUGAGAAGCAAGAAGGCUAUGGACACAGCAAUAUCUCUGGGCUUUAACAGUGCUCAACACUAUGCUGGAGGAUGGAAGGAAUGGGCAACCUAUGAAUUUUCGGAGAAGAAACAAGGAAAUUGAAUUUUGGAAUACAAGCUGGCCCUUUCCUUGUGUACGUGCAGCCUAGGAUAGCGGAAUAAGCAAAAGAAUCAAAAUGUAGCCCUGGAACCACUGGUUAAUGGGAAGGGGAUUUUGUGUAAGUCAAUUAUUUGUUGAAUCUUUUUCUCACCUAUAAACUAGGAAUACCACUUCCCCCUGCCUACUUCCAAAGGCUAAUGAGGCUUGCUGUAAUGUAUGUGACUUGCCAUGGAAACGUAAGGGUUGGGAUUCUAAAAAUUAAUUUUUAAAUAGUUUAGUAUAGUUCAAUAGUAUUCCAAAAGACCUGGUUACUUGUAUUACCUAAUCAUAAUGUGUGACCACUUCUGUUAAUAUAGUGUCUAUACUCUUCAAAGAGGCUAUGAACUAGACCAGUCGAUUAAGACUUAACCUUAAAACACCAAGAAUCUGGGGUGCAGAAAAGUAGGUGAAAUAUGAACAAUGAAAAUACAACAUUAGCAAUAUCCAAAGACUUAUGGCACUGUGACCAGCAUGGUAGUGAUAUAAUUUGCAGUUUAAAAAAGUAAUAUGAUCUUUGGGGAUAGUAAUCAGAACAGUGGUUGCUUCUGUUGAAGGAAGGAAAUUAACAGGAAAAUCAAGGAGGAAAAUUUCUAGGGUGAUGGAAGUGCUCUAUAUCUUGAUUGAGGUGUUGGUACAUAGGUAUAUACAUUUACCAAAACUCAUUGAACACUUUAAAACUAUACAUUAUCUGAAAUUACAUCUCAAUUAAAAAUAAUGAAAAUUAAAAAAAGUUUAAAUGCAAAUGACUCCCACUAGCAUAUUUCUUUGGAAUGUUAAGUCCUACACUUGUUAGUACACUAGUGCACUGGUGAGUGGUAAAACAAAUUUGUGCUUUCUUCCAUCCAUGUCUCUUCAGACCCAUCUGUUUUUACUCUCAUUUAUAUUGUCAUUCAGAACAUGUAAGGCCUGGCAAGUAAACUAUAAGGACUUGGUUUUGUCCUAAAUGACUUAUUAAGCCAUUGGAGAAUCUGUGGUAGGUAUGUGAUAUUAUCACCUUGAACUUCUAUUUCUGAUAUGUCAGUCUAGUUUCUAGCAAACUCCCUACAAGAACUAGAAAAGCUGGAAAAUACACAUAAUACAGACACACACACACACACGCUUUUCAAUGUUGUUUCAUCCGCUACAGCUUUCCUUCUCCCAGGAUCAUGACUCUUCAGAUCCUCGCUGCCUUAGUAAUUCUGUCAUGCCUUUAAACAAAUUUUAUUUAUAUAUUUAUAUAAACAAAUAUUACUAGGGCAUAUAACAUUAAGGAAGUGAGGAUCUGAAGAGCCACAAGCUCACAGAGAAGAAAAGCUAUAGAGAGUGAACCACCAUUGAAGUACUGGGCCCAACCAGGAAUAGGUAAAUACACCAGGGUAUAGAGUCUGGGGAAACACACCAGGCUUUUCCAGAAAGACAAAAAAUAUUCUAAAAGAAAGCAAAUACUAAAGAACACAACAUUAUCUAUGUAUAUGUAAUAUAUACUGAAUAUGAGUUUAACAAAAAUUACGCAAUUAAAUUGGGAGGAUGAUGGGAGUAUAAUUCCCGGGUAGAACAAGUUUGGGGGCGGGGAGGG